AUGUUACGAAAAUGUUUCUCUUCUUCAUUUUCCUUUCUAUCGAUAUCUUCUCUAAAUUUGUCAUUUCUUUUUCAAUUUCUUUGUAAUAAUUUCUUCAUUCUUCCAUUCUUUCCUUCUUCCAAUGAUUUCUUCAUUUUCUUUCUGUUUUGUUCGAAUUUUUCUUUGUUCCAAUUUUUCUCUUGCUUUAUAUGUAUAGAAAUUCCUUCUUUUUCUACAUUUCUUUCUAUCAAUUUAUUUUUACGCAUUUCUUGUUUUUCACUUUCUACCGACAACUUCACUUUUUCAAUUUCCUUACUUCCAAUUUUUUUUACUGCCUACAAAUUUUUCCAAGCAUUUUAUUUUUCUAUCUAUUCUUGUCUUUACCAUUUUUUCUACAUUUUCCUGAGAAUUCUUCCUGACGUUCCAUAUUUUAUCUUAGACUUUUGUUCAUUUUUUUUUCAUUUUUGUUCCUACAAUACUACUCUUCCUCUUACUACUCCUCCCCUGUAUCAUUUACACAUUUCUAUUUCGUUUCAUUGUUUAUUUCUCUUUCUUUUCUUCUUUUUUUUUAACGCUCAUCUUCUUUUUUCUUUUUUACAUCUUCAUAUCUCUCUUCUUUCCUUCUUGUUUUAUAUUUCUUCUCACCUCUUUUUUUCUUCCUGUUCUUUCCUUUCUCUUCACUUUUCCUUCUUUUCUGUUUUCUGUAUUUCCUUCAUCUAUUUGAGAUGUCAUUCCAUAUUUCUUUUAAUUUGUAAUUCCGUUUUUUCUUUUUAUCUUUCCCGUUUAUCUUUUCCCUCGAUUUUUUAUUGUGUAUACGUUUACUUUUCUUUCACUGUUUAUUUCUCUCUUCAGUCUGCUUUGAUUUUUCAUUCUUUUUUCAUCAUCCUGGCAUUUUUCACCGAGCUUCCAUUUCUCUUUCUUUUUUGUCUUUUAUUGCAUACGACAUUUAGAGAUCGAGAGAAUUCUUCUUCUUCUUCUUCUUCUUCUUCUUCUUCUUCUUCUUCUUCUUCUUCUUCUUGCCUUGCCAAAAGAAGGGAUGUGACUUCUUUGUUGAAAUACACAUAUUCACUCUCUACGUUUUGCGUUGUUCUUUCUUUCUUUCAUUCUUUUUCUUUCUUUCUGUCAUUUUUUCUUUCUUGUGUCCGUUCGUUCAUUCUUCUUUGUAUUCUUCUUUUCUUCCUUUCUUUAUUCCUUUCUUUCUUCUUUUCUUCUUUGAUUUUGACAUUUCCUUCCUUCUUUCCUUCCUUCCUUCCAUCCUUCCUUCCUUUCUUUCUUUCUUUCUUUCUUCUUCCUUUCUUUCUUUCUUCCUUCCUUGCUUUUACUUUACAUUCUUUCUUUCUCUCGUUCCUUCCUUCAUCAUUUCUUCUUUGCUUUCUUCUUUGCUUAUUUCUUUCUUUCCUUCCUGCCUUCCUUCCUUUCUUCCUUACUUACUUUCUUUAUUUCUUCCUUCUUUCUUUACUUCUUUCUUUCUGCUUUUCUUCUUUGCUUUCGUUCUUUUCUUCCCUCCUUUCUUUCUUCUUUUCAUUCUUUCUUUCUUUCGUUCAUUCGUUCUUUCUUUAUUAG